UCGUCACUCGUCUGUUCUGUUCCUCUUGUUUCUUUCUUCCUUUCUCUGCUGCGGCUCUAUUGGCAUUCUCCCCUACCUGUCAGCUGUCACUCCUCCAAAUUAAUUCAUUUCUACCUUGUCGUCUCAAUUACUCUUCUUUCUGAUCCUCCUCCUCCCUCCCUCCCUCCCUCCCAAGUUUAUACUACAAACAUCUGCUCUUUUAAGCCCCCUAUCAAAUAAUAAAGAGAAAGGUUAGGGGCAAGGAUUCAAUAGAGAAAGAUAGACAGAGAAUGGCAAACGUGGUCAACCGUCUCCUCCUUCGAUCCACUCUGCAAAAAGCCACCGCCGCCGCCGCCGCAAAGGUUGGCUUUCCUGUCGUAAAUUGUACGCCAGUUGCAAGCAGGUUGCAGGAUCACAUAACUCAGGCUCCCUCCCAGAAUAGAUGGAAUAGUACAGAGGCAGCUGCACAGAAGGAUGUUUCUGCAAUUGAUGAUAAAGGUUUCAAGGGCCAUGAAAUGUUGGCACCCUUCACAGCUGGUUGGCAGUCCACUGAUUUGGAUCCUCUGGUUAUCGAAAGAUCUGAGGGUUCCUAUGUCUAUGAUGUUAAUGGUAAAAAAUAUCUAGAUGCUCUGGCUGGCCUGUGGUCCACGGCUUUAGGUGGGAAUGAACCUAGGCUUAUUGCUGCUGCUGCUAAACAACUAAACACCUUACCAUUUUACCACUCCUUUUGGAAUCGCACAACAAAACCUUCUUUGGAUCUUGCUAAGGAGCUCAUAGAACUAUUCACCCCUUCAACAAUGUCAAAAGCAUUUUUCACAAAUAGUGGAUCAGAAGCAAAUGAUACACAGGUGAAGCUAGUGUGGUAUUACAACAAUGCCCUAGGGAGGCCAAACAAGAAGAAAUUCAUAGCUCGAUCAAAAUCAUACCAUGGAUCAACUCUAAUAGCUGCAAGUCUGUCAGGUCUUCCUGCUCUGCAUCAAAAAUUUGAUCUGCCGGCUCCAUUUGUGUUGCAUACUGACUGUCCCCAUUAUUGGCGCUACCAUCUUCCAGGUGAGACUGAAGAGGAGUUUUCAACCAGGUUGGCCAAUAACUUGGAGGCUCUUAUCCUCAAAGAGGGACCUGAGACGAUUGCUGCUUUUAUUGCUGAGCCUGUCAUGGGAGCUGGGGGUGUUAUCCCUCCUCCUGCAACCUAUUUUGAGAAGAUUCAAGCUGUUGUCAAAAAGUAUGACAUUUUGUUCAUUGCGGAUGAGGUAAUAUGUGCAUUUGGAAGGCUUGGGACAAUGUUUGGCUGUGAAAAGUAUAACAUAAAGCCCGAUCUUGUGUCAAUGGCAAAGGCUCUUUCUUCUGCAUAUAUGCCAAUAGGAGCUGUCCUUGUGAGUCCUGAAGUUUCAGAUGUCAUAUAUUCACAAAGCAACAAACUGGGUUCUUUUUCUCAUGGAUUUACUUAUUCUGGGCAUCCUGUAUCUUGUGCUGUUGCUCUGGAAGCAGUCAGGAUCUACAAGGAGAGAAAUAUUGUUGAGCAAGUGAAUAAGAUAGCCCCUAAGUUUCAGGAUGGCUUAAAAGCAUUUUCAGACAGUCCCAUAAUUGGGGAGAUAAGGGGAACGGGUUUAAUCCUUGGAACCGAAUUCACUGAUAACAAGUCGCCUAAUGAUGCCUUCCCUUCUGAAUGGGGUAUUGGUUCAUAUUUUGGAGCACAGUGUGAGAAACACGGUAUGUUAGUACGCGUAGCCGGUGACAACAUACUGAUGUCUCCCCCUUUUAUCCUGACUCCAGGUGAAGUGGAUGAGUUAAUUGGCAUCUAUGCUAAGGCACUUAAGGCUACCGAAGAGAGAGUGGCUGAACUGAAGGCGCAAAAGAAAUAAUCGACCGCCCGCCUGCGAUCAGAAGAUUGUGAAAAAUUUGCAAUGCCCCUCCCUAUGUAAAGUAAACUCUUUUAUCGACUGUUUGUUUGGUGAUGUAUUAUCCUAGUAUGAAUAUUAUUGGUGUUUUGCAUGAAAAUAAUCGAAGCAUCAUUCCUGAUACCGUUUCUUCUUUCAAUCCUAUUUCAUCAGUUGAAGUUUUUCUUUCA